AUGGCUGCCAAGAUCGCCCCCGCCAAAAUCAUCGAGCAGCGCUCUCACGUCGUCCCGGGACGAUUGAAAAUCACCGAGCACGUGUUCGAGGUGCCGACGGACUGGUCGUCACCCGAGACGUCGCGGCCGCUGCGCCUGUUCGCGCGCAGUGCGCGCAAGGCCGAGAAGCCCGCAGUGCCGAGCUCGGCUGAAGAUGAGCGCAAGGCGGCGCAGCUGCCCUUCAUGCUGUUUCUGCAGGGCGGGCCCGGGUUCGGGUGCCGCUCGCCGCACGAGAUGGGCUGGACGCACCAGGUGCUCGAGCGCGGCUACCAGGUGCUGUGUCUGGACCAGCGGGGGACGGGGCUGUCGAGUCCGCUGACAGCCAGCACGCUGGGCCUGCGCGGCGACGACGACGUCCAGGCGGCGUAUUUGCGCAAGUUCCGCGCCGAUAGCAUCGUUAAGGAUUGUGAGGCUGUGCGUCUGGCUCUGACGGCUGAUUACCCCGACGAGAAGAAGACGUGGAGUGUCGCUGGCCAGAGCUUUGGCGGUUUCUGCAUCACGACGUAUCUCUCGUUUUUCCCCGAGGGCUUGCGCGAGGCGUUUUUCUUCGGCGGGUUGCCGCCGCUAGUGGAGAACCCUGAUGAGGUUUAUCCUCGCACUUUCAAGAAGGUCAUUGAGCGCAACAAGGCCUACUACGAAAAGUAUCCCGAGGAUGUGGCCCGAGUUAAGCAGAUCGUGAGUUUGUUGCGCAAGUUUGGCGAUAGCACCGUGAGGCUGCCUUCGGAGGGCAGCUUGAGCGCGAGGCGCUUCUUGCAGCUGGGCAUUAAUAUGGGCUUCCAUGGUGGAAUUGACAGCACACACGAAAUCGUCCUCCGCGCAUCCAACGACCUCGCCAUCUUCGGCCACUUGACGCGUCCGACGUGCUCGCUUAUCGAGCAGACCCUGCCUUUUGACGACCACAUCGUCUACGCCAUCCUGCACGAGCCGAUCUACUGCCAGGGCAACAACGCCGCCAACUGGUCCGCCCACCGCAUCCAGCAGCAAUUCCCCGAAUUCGACCUCGACACGGACGGCCCGCUCCACUUCACCGGCGAAAUGGUCUUCCCCUGGAUGCUGCACGACUACGCCGAGCUGCGCGGGGUCGCAGGGCCCGCCGAAAAGCUCGCCGCGCACGCUGACUGGCCCGCCCUCUACGACGCGGAGCAGCUCGCGCGCAACGAGGUCCCGACGUACGCGGCCGUGUACAUGGAGGACAUGUACGUCGACUUUGAGCACUCGAUGAACACGGCCAGGGCCAUCAAGGGCUGCAGGACUUUCGUUACUAAUGUUAUGUAUCAUGAUGCUGUCAGGAGUCGCAUGGAUGAUGUCUGGCGGAAUGUGUGGGCGUUGAGGGAUGAGGGGGGUGUGGAUUAG